GAAUAAACUGCCUGCCCCCCCCUUCCAGGUCCAUCGUGGGCAUGACCAUGUACAACCAGACCACUCAGGAGAUCGCCAAGCCCAGCGAGCUGCUGACCAGCGUGCGGGCCUACAUGACGGUGCUGCAGUCCAUCGAGAACUACGUCACCAUCGACAUCACGCGGGUCUUCAACAACGUGCUGUUGCAGCAGACGCAGCACCUGGACAGCCACGGCGAGCCCACCAUCACCAGCCUGUACACCAACUGGUACCUGGAGACGUUGCUCCGGCAGGUCAGCAACGGACACAUCGCUUACUUUCCCGCCAUGAAGGCCUUCGUCAACCUGCCCACGGAGAACGAGCUGACCUUCAAUGCCGAGGAGUACUCUGACAUCUCAGAGAUGCGUUCGCUGUCUGAGCUGCUGGGGCCGUACGGCAUGAAGUUCCUCAGCGAAAGCCUCAUGUGGCACAUCUCUUCGCAGGUGGCCGAGCUCAAGAAAUUAGUGGUGGAGAACAUGGAAGUGCUGACCCAGAUGAGAACCAGCUUUGACAAACCCGACCACAUGGCGGCGCUGUUCAAGAAGCUCACUUCGGUGGACAGCGUCCUGAAGAGGAUGACGAUCAUUGGAGUCAUCUUGUCAUUCCGCUCCCUGGCCCAGGAAGCGCUGAGAGACGUGUUAUCGUGCCACAUUCCAUUCCUGGUCAGCUCAGUGGAGGACUUCAAGGACCACAUUCCCAGGGAGACCGACAUGAAGGUGGCCAUGAACGUCUACGAGCUAUCCUCCGCCGCCGGUUUGCCGUGCGAGAUCGACCCGGCCCUGGUGGUGGCGCUGUCCUCGCAAAAGACCGAGAACAUCAGUCCAGAGGAAGAGUACAAGAUUGCGUGUCUGCUGAUGGUGUUUGUGGCCGUUUCCUUGCCAACGCUGGCCAGCAACGUCAUGUCGCAGUACAGCCCCGCCAUCGAAGGCCACUGUAACAACAUCCACUGCCUGGCCAAAGCCAUCAACCAGAUCGCCGCCGCGCUCUUCACCAUCCACAAAGGAAGCAUCGAGGACCGGCUCAAAGAGUUCCUGGCUCUGGCCUCGUCCAGCCUUCUGAAGAUCGGCCAGGAGACGGACAAGAUGACGACGCGCAACAGAGAGUCGGUUUACCUGCUGCUGGACAUGAUCGUGCAGGAGUCCCCCUUCCUGACCAUGGACCUGCUGGAAUCCUGCUUCCCAUACGUGCUCCUGCGUAACGCCUACCAUGCCGUCUACAAGCAGAGCAUCAGCGCCAACGCAUGAACGCGCGCACGCGCACUGUUGCCGUCUGCUUCCUCUGCGGACGCACACCUGACAGUACUCUAAAAAGAUGCCUCCGCACACCGCAGUGUUUUCCCGCCUAUUUGCGAUUCGCUGUCCUCCAUGAUUUGAUGAAGAACUCACCUCGAACCAGCCUAAGAUGCCACAGCAUCACAAACACACACCCUGCAUCAUGUAGAUUGUGGCCUCUUGGUGCCAAGAAACUACAUGGAAGUGAGGCGAGGAGCUUCUUCUUUUGGAAAAAAAUAGUGCUAUAGCACCAUCUUGUGGUGUCUCUGGGAAAUUGUAAACAUUCCCGGGGGCAUCAUUUCCAGGCAGAUUUUCACGAUUGGCAGCAGGGCUCUGUCCUUCGCCCACAUGACUUUUUACUUUUACAAUGGGGCUGACGGCUCCUCCUCAAAAGUUUUAGAAUUGCCUAUAGCUCUCACACAAUGGGAGAAAAACACUACUUCUGUCUAAAAGGGGUACCUCAACUCCCUUCAACAAAGUUCCCCGAUGCCACAAAAUGGCGUCAAAGCGUCUGUCUAAAUUAAGCUCGCCAACGCACUUCACUAUAGUUCUCUGGCGACAAGAGGGUGGCAAACCACUACUGUUGUCUCAGUGAAGCUGCUCAACCCACUUCAAUGCCACAUAUGACGACACAAAAAAUGAGUGAGGUGAGUUUUUAGGUUUUUUUAGAUACUAACAAGGGAUACGUUCACCCCAAAAAUCUGCAAACACGCAAACGUGUGGAUGCUGCACCGCAAAUAUUUGUGGAUUCACUGUACUGAUACCAAGUAAAAAUAACACACGUACACAAGUACCUUUGCUGGCUGAGCGACCAACAAGUGACACACACACACACACACUAGCUGGAUGAAGUUGGGGAUCAGUCUACAAUUUUUUUCGGUUUUAUUCCUUUUUAUUUUUUUAAUAUUAUUUCAUGCUGUUGCUUGGGGGACCCCAGCCGCGGCAACACAAAACAAACUCGAGCACGGGCUGGUUUGUUAUGCGAGGACAAAAAAAAAAAAUUAUAAAUAAAUAGUAUAUAUAAAUAUACAGUAUAUAUAUUGAGUUGACACUAAACUAUUUGACGGCUUGUAUGUGGUGGUGACGGAUUUGGAUGAUUUUCUUCCUUGAUGUUUUUCAUUUUUGCUCGAGGAGGGCGGCCGACGUUUGCUUGCCGGUUGUGUACAUUUUCCAUCGAUGACACGGACAGUCCACUCAUUUCGCCGCCUCGUCACAUUUCAUAGCCAAAACACUCACGCGCGCAUACACUUGUAACAUGGUGAUUUUUUGGGGUUCUUUUCUAGCUAGUGGUGACAUGAACUCUGUGGGUUAUAUUCAAAAAGAAAAGAAAACAAAACAAAAAAAAAGGUUUUUGACGUGAACUCAACUGGUCUGUUUUUACAUUUUCUUAUUUUUUCAAUUUGCCAAACGUGUUAACAACACUACAUCAUAUGUUUGUGUGUGUGAGAGGGAAAGGGAGGGAGGGAUCGGGGAUCAUGCAUUCUGUAACAUAGUACCACGAAGCCCUCGGCUGCUCUCGAAUCAUGGUUAAUAAAGUACAAGUGAACAUGUC